UCUGUGAUCAUCAUUAGUAUCAUGCAGUUAUUCUUUUUAAAGCAAGGAAAAUUGCAAAUGCGAGCGAAUAAAACUGAUCCUUUUGAAACGAGCUCGAGCUUUUAAAUGAUUGAUUGCUACAUCCGCUCUUUACGUACAUCUUUUAUCGUGUGACAUAGGAUCCUUCCUACACAUUUUUUUAAAAUGCCACUCCUUCAAAGACUGAUAGAGCCGGUGCAUGUUUGCCGCAAUACCCUCCCAGUGGACAACCGUGGGACUUUGGCGAUUGACAUUCCCAAUGAGCUAGAAUGUGUGACAAAUGGCACACUGUCAAAUGUCAUUCGACAGUUGUCUUCGCUUUCCAAACAUGCCGAAGACAUCUUUUCUACUCUUUUUAAAGAAUCAACAGCUAUUGCUAACAGGACUCAAUCUUUACAAGGUCGUAUUGAUAGAUUAGCUGUGAAAGUCACCCAACUUGAUUCCAAUGUUGAAGAAGUGUCUUUACAAGAUAUACAUAUGAGAAAAGCAUUUAAAAGUUCCAUUGUGUAUGACCAGCAAGUUGUUUCCCGUGAUACAAUGCCUGCUGCAAUGGCUGAAAUGUAUAGGAACUGUGGAAAGCCUCCUCCUUUGGAUAAAUUAAAUCCAUAUAGAGAGGAUGGAAGAGAUGGUUUGAAGUUCUAUACUGAUCCUAAUUAUUUCUUUGAGCUUUGGAAACAAGAAAUGUUGAAAGAUACAGAAAAAAUGCUUCAUGAAAAGGGGAAAAAACCCCAUCGUCCCAGACCGGAAGGCAAACGUCACAAGAAAGUACGGCAGCCUCACAACACGAGGGAGAAGUACAGAAUGAUGGCUUGCACCAACGAUUUCAUCGACAAAUCCAACUAUCCACAAUCAAAUUACAGUGACACGACCGUUCGCACUCCCAGCCUCGUGAGUGACGGCACCGAUGGAGCCCCAGUGAGACCCAACAGCCUGGAACUCCACAUGCCCUACCUGGAGCAAGACGGGAGCUACGGGAGCCCGGCCAAUCACUACCCGCCGCCUCCCCCGGCCUAUUCUGAAUACCAGUCUCAAGCCUACUCCCAAGCGGCACAGCAGCACCACUAUCCCCCUCCGCCUCCUUAUUCCGUGAACUCCCCGGAUCACCGGAUGUCUUCCAACCAUAGCACACCCACGAGGCAGAGUCGCGGGACUUCCAGGCCUUCUCAGCCUCCCCCUGCACCACCCCCGAUAAGUUCUAACGGGACUUCCACUCCCCCUGUGAACAACGGCACGCCCUCUAGUGGUGCUGGCCGUUACCGCCUCGGCAGCCACUCAAGGGAUGCUCUACCUCCCCCUCCUCCGCCUCCGGCCGAUGUGGUGAAUGGCUAUCAGCAGGGCAGUGCCAUGGCGCCAUCUUACUUAACUCAAAAACCUGUGCCAAUGGUGGGGCUCACCAACAAUCAUCUGAUGGGUCAGCGUAGAGACACGCCCAACCACCACCCACACCUGCUGAACCACAUGCGAGACCACACUCCUCCCCCGGACUCCUUGAGUAUGACCUCCGAUUCCUUGGAUUUGCCUCCUCCGCCACCCAUGCCGGACAGCGAAGUGAUGGCUCCCCCCUCGCCUCCCCCUCCUCCUCCCCCCAACAUGGCCACAUUGCCACCGCCGCCGCCACCCCUACCAGUUGAGGGCAUUGCUUGUUCUAUCGCCAGUAGGGUGUCUGAUCUUCGUUCACAGGAAGCACAUAUUAAUUGUGAAUCUACAAGCACCGGAUCCAGUAAGACCAGUGACGAGACAGACUCCAAAUCCCGGUCACCAGCACAAGGUGAUGGCAGGAGUGACCUUCUGGCUGCUAUAAGAGAAGGCAUCAAGUUGCGCAGAGUGGAGGAUAUCAAAGCGAAGGAAGUAGAAAAGGCUGCUCCUCUUCAUGAUGUGGCUUCCAUUUUAGCGAGGAGAGUGGCAAUGGAGUUUUCGGAUUCUGAUUCGGCAUCGGAGAGUGAAUGUGACAGUGAAGGGUGGGGAGAGGAAGAUGCCAGCGAGUGCUAAUCCUCUGGUUAUAGUCAUUAAGAUGUGAAAUACAUUCUCAGUUGAUUCUGAAGUUUACGAUGCAAGUUUUAAAAAGUGGACCAAUUCUUUAUGUGCAUUUAUAGGAGGGUUUUUUUUAUUUUUUGUGAAGUUGCUAUACCUUAGUGUAAGUUUUUUUUUGAUACAAUUCUUGUACUUGACCUGCAGCAUUUUUUGCUGUACUUUAACUUUUCUGUAUCACUCUGCAUUAUAUUAAUAUAUAUCGCUUUGGUAAAUCAAUUUUAUUGAAUUAAAUUCUUCAUGUGGCUUCUGUACCAUUAAUAUUGUUCAG